GCCUACAUUCUAGCUACCAAAGAUUUUUUUGCUUGAAUUUCUAAGAAAAUUCUAGUAAUUAAAUUGAAAAAUUGGCUAGGUAGGAACAUUAAGUUUAUAAAAAAUAUAUUAAAAAUAAAAUAAAAAUGGGAGCAUGUUGUAGCAAAGAAGGGGAUUAUGGAGAUCAUCGACAUAUUGAUACUUAUGAACAUGAAUAUGAACAUGAAAAUCAUGUAAUUGAAGGAGAAUAUGGAGCUUCAAUUAGACUACAUGGAUCUUCUUCUUUUAUUUCAAUGGCAACUACACAAGGGAAGAAAGGAAUCAAUCAAGAUGCCAUGACAGUUUGGGAGGACUUUGCUGGUGAAAAAGAUGUGUUCUUUUGUGGGGUGUUCGACGGGCAUGGACCGAGUGGUCACAAGGUAGCUCGCAUUGUCCGCGAUCAGCUACCAAUAAAGCUCUCCACUGCUCAUAAGCUUCUCCAUAUGAAAGGGCAUAGCACGAGUGAUAUCGAUGCAUUUUAUGAGGACGAAGAUGGUGCAUUGCUACAGGCAUAUCCUAGCAACGGCAAGACUAUUGAUAGCCACCACGACGGAGAUAGUUCUGAUGCUGUACAGUUGUGGAAGGCUGGCCUUUUAAGGUCAUUUAGAGAAGUGGAUAAAGAGCUCAGCCGCGACCCUACAAUUGAGAGCUAUUGUAGUGGUACAACGGCUGUAACGGUUGUCAAACAGGGAGAUCAUCUAAUAAUCGGAAACUUGGGGGAUUCGCGUGCAGUUAUGUGCACACGAGGGGACAAAGGACAAGUUAUACCACUCCAAUUAACGGUAGACUUGAAGCCAAGCCUUCCAAGGGAAGCCGAAAGAGUGAGGAGUUGUAGUGGUCGAGUUUUUUCUCUUGAAGAGGAGUCUCAUGUUCUUAGACUAUGGCUGCCUGAUGAAGAUAGCCCCGGACUUGCCAUGACAAGAGCAUUUGGUGAUUUCUGUCUUAAAGACUAUGGUCUUAGUUCUACCCCUCAAGUCUUCUACCACCAAUUGACUGAUCAGGAUGAAUUCAUUGUCCUUGCAACUGAUGGGGUGUGGGAUGUGCUAACAAAUUUUGAGGUAGUAAAAAUAGUCUCAGCAGCAAGGAAGCGAUCCCAUGCAGCAAAGUUCCUAGCAACACACGCAGUUCGUGCCUGGAAGAGCAGGUUCCCAUCCUCGCGAACUGAUGACAUUGCGGUGGUUUGCUUAUUCUUCAAGCCUCCACCCCCAGGAAAAUCCAUGUCAGAAGUCAGCCACAUUACUCCUGACAGCUUGAGCCACCUUAAUUCUUCAGUAUCUCAACAUACAUACAGAAGCAUUAGCAGUGAUGCUGAGGAGGGGUUCGAUUUUAGGGACAACAACAAAGGUAAGUUUCAGGACAUUCCAGAGGAUUGGGGUGAAGGAGAAAGUUUAGUGGACACAUCAUUGAAUUUUCCGCGGUAUACAAACUCUAGACACAAAGGCAGACCAACAUCGAAAAGUGCUGAUAGCGAUUUUUGAUACAAAUUUUUUAGCUUAGGGGAAUGAAUGAAUUAGGGCAGUGAAUGAUUUUGUGUACAUAUAUAUGGUUUUGAAAAUGGCUAAAAACCUGCCUAAAGUGAGAAAAGUGUGAGGAACUCUGAAAAUUUUUUGUUUUCCUUAAUAGUUCAAACUUAAAAGGAAGAUACAUAUAGUUGAAUCACAUACUAGUUCCUCUUAGAUGAACCAAAAGCUGAAACAAAGAAGUUGAACUUCAUAUUUCUUCUAUCAUAAGAUGUUGCCCAGAAAAGGAGGAGAAAAUAGGAAAAGAUGUGAAAACUAAACAGAGUUUCAUCGGUUGUAAUUUUGUGAAUACAAGCCUUGUCCCGCUAACAUAUAGUUGAUCAUUUUUUUUUUUUUUUAUUAUCUCGUCUUUAUAACCAGUGACGAAUCCAAAAUCACCAAUAAAUACCAUCAAUGCACUAGUAUAUACUCCGUAAACAAUAGAAAUAUUAUCACAAAUCACAUGAAUGACCAAUAAAUCUUCAAACAAAGUUACAAUUAUAAUCAGCAAUUAUAUAAAUGAUUCUCGAUCUUAACCUUAUUUUGGACUGAAAAUUAUUUUAAUGAACGGGAUCUUUUUUUUUUUUCCAAACUCAAAUUAUUUUUACUGAUGAAACUUAAUUUUCAUUGAUGCUCUACUACUAUAUAUGUAUAGAGUUACUGAAUUUUAUUAAAUACCAGUAA